GCCUGACGAGCACGUUGUUUCCCCAGGUGACCGCCUACCUGCACGCCGACGAGUGUUAUCUCGCGGGUCUUGUAACUGUUUAGCGAUGUUGCGGCUGGUGUCGUCUGCGUCGAAACCCACAGCCAGUGGCAUCCUAACGAAGUAUGUUCCUGCAUCUGUUCCAUUGGGAGGAAGAAGAAGUUUUGCAUCAACUUCAGCGAAGCAAGCGGACAUUACUUUGACAGUAGAUGGGAAGGAAGUAACUGUCCCGCAGGGUUCUGCUUUGAUUCAAGCAUGCGAAGCCGCUGGGGCUACGAUACCACGGUUUUGUUAUCAUGACAGGCUCGCGAUCGCGGGAAACUGUAGUAUGUGUCUGGUAGAGGUUGAGCGGUCACCAAAACCAAUUGCAUCAUGCGCGAUGCCCGCCAUGCCUGGUGCAAAAGUGCACACUAACUCUCCUCUCGUCCAUGAGGCACGAGAGGGUGUCAUGGAAUUUCUCUUAUCCAAUCACCCUUUAGAUUGUCCCAUCUGCGACCAGGGAGGAGAAUGCGACUUGCAGGAUCAGUCGAUGCGAUACGGAGCAGACCGUUCGCGCUUUCACGAAAUCACAGGAAAGCGUGCCGUCGAGGACAAGGAUCUUGGUCCUCUUGUCAAGACGUCCAUGAACCGCUGCAUUCAGUGCACUCGCUGUGUCCGUUUUGCGAAUGAGGUCGCUGGAGUGGAGGAGCUUGGUACAACUGGCCGUGGGAACGACUUGCAGAUCGGCACGUACGUGGAGAAGACGAUGAACUCGGAGCUGUCUGGAAACAUCGUGGACUUGUGCCCCGUCGGUGCGCUGACGAGCAAGCCAUACGCAUUCCACGCGCGUCCAUGGGAGCUCAAGCACACGGACUCAGUCGACGUCAUGGAUGCUGUUGGCUCGAACAUCCGCGUGGACUCGCGCGGACAGACGGUGAUGCGCGUGCAGCCACGACCGAAUGACGACGUGAACGAGGAGUGGAUCAGUGACAAGACGCGCUAUGCAUAUGACGGUUUGCGAUUCCAGCGAUUGACCAUGCCGCUCAUCAAGCAAGGCGAUCGGUUCAUCCCUGCAUCCUGGGAGGAUGCAUUGAGUGCUAUUGCGGACGGCCUGAAUACGUCUGGCGCACGCGGUGAUGAGAUUCAGGCUGUUGCUGGCCACCUCGCUGAUACCGAGUCGAUGGUCGCGCUCAAGGAUCUCGUGAACCGUCUUGGCUCCGAUAACCUGGCCGUUGACUCCGUUGGUGGCCGUGCUGCCCCAGUGCAUGCUGUGGAUGUACGUUCGAACUACCUGUUCAACUCAACCAUCCCCGGUGUCGAGCAGGCGGACGUCAUCUUGCUCGUCGGCAGCAAUCCGCGUCACGAGGCCGCUGUACUCAACUCGCGCAUUCGCAAGAGCUGGCUUCAUACGGCUCUCGAUGUCGGACUCAUUGGCGAACGCGUCGACACGGCAUACGGAUAUGACUACCUGGGCUCGGAUGCAAAGGCUGUUGCGGACUUCGUCUCAGGCAAGAGUGACUUUGCGAAGAAGUUCAAGUCUGCGAAGAAGCCGCUCAUCAUCGUCGGCAGUGCUCUGGUCGAGCACCCUGAUGGCGCUGCGGUGUACAACGCGCUUGCGAAGUAUGUGGAGGAGAACAAGGAUACGCUUCUCACUCCAGAGUGGAAUGGCUUCAGCGUUCUGCAGAGGAUUGCAUCGCGACCCGCCGCGUACGAGAUCGGGUUUGUUUCCUCCAGGAAGGCAUCUACGACGAAGCCAAAGUUCAUCUACCUACUUAACGCUGAUGAGGUCGAUCCCAAGUCUAUUCCUCAAGACGCCUUCGUCGUCUACCAGGGUCACCAUGGUGACCUUGGCGCACAGCUCGCAGACGUGUGCCUGCCGGGCGCUGCAUAUACGGAAAAAUCGAUGACCUGGGUGAACACUGAAGGUCGUUCACAGAUGGGUCGCGCAGCUGUUCCUCCUCCCGGCGCAUCGCGGGAGGACUGGAAGAUCAUUCGCGCGAUUUCCGAAGUCUUGGACAACCCUCUGCCCUAUGAUGACGUUCUUCACUUGAGGGAUCGCAUGUGGGAGAUCUCCCCUACGCUCGUGCGCUAUGACUCGUCAGAGCCGACAUCAGUUGAAGUCGCCCUCGCGGGCCUGAAGACGUUGGCUGCGGGCACCGCGAAUGCUAAGGUUUCUGGCAAGCCACUCGCGAAGCCCAUCAGCAACUUCUACCAGACAGAUCCUAUAUCCCGAGCGUCCGUGACGAUGGCGCAGUGCACACGUGCGUUUGUGAAGGGCGAAAACUAUGGCUUCAGCGAACUGUCGAGUGGUUCGGAAGCGGCAUACGCAUAG